AGGAACACACAACCGUAAUUCAACUGAUGGAUUAUCCUGGUAGAACAUGGUUAACUUAGGGUAGAUGUGGGCUAAUGUGGCAGAACAUGGCUAACUUAGGGUAGAUGGGGGUUAACAGGAUAGAACAUGGCUAACCUAGGGUAGAUGGGGGUUAACAAGAUAGAACAUGGCUAACCUAGGGUUGAUGUGGGUUACCGUGCUAAAACAUAGCUAAGGGUAGAUGGGAGCUAAUGGAGUAGAACAUGGCUAACCUAGGGUUGAUGUGGGUUAAUGCGGUAGAACAUUGUUAACUUAGGGUCGAAGGGGUAGAAUAAGGUUAACUAGGACAUAUCGUAAGUCAUACAUGAACCUUAUGACAUAAAUAUUUUCAGCCAUUUUGUCAUCUAUAUGGCGUUCAGCCAUGAAGUAUAUACCCAAGGUUGGCACUAACUAGUAAGGUCAAAGAGGAGAAAUCCUCUCCCCCGUUUUGCCAUCAAGAAUUGACAAAGUGCAAGACCAGGUUACUGGAAAGGUUUGCCCCAGACUUCAAGGACGUUUAGUGCACAACUUUUGCAACCUUUCCGAGAUUCUCAAACGGACUACAAUUGUUCUGUCACAGUUCCCAUUCUUUUACUUCCCGCUGGCCACUUACUUGCAGACCGGUGCGACCGCUGACAAGACCUGAAAGAACUCUCGCCUCAACAUAAUCACUGAAUCGCCUGCGGGUCGCCGGUGUUAAACCAGCAGAUUUUCACAGCAUAUUUCGAUAGUAAUUUUUUUAACCUCCAGUAUGAACCAAAAACCUUCAAAAUUUCAAUAUACAGGAGCUAUAGUUUGUGGAAUUCCUUCCUCGCUUCCUGACGCUGCGCAAAGACUUAGUGAUCCUCCAGAACCCGUGAAUUACAACAAAGCGGUGCAACAACACCUCGCGUAUGUUCGUGCCUUGAAAGAUCUUGGAUUACAAGUUACAGAGCUGCCUACGGACGAGGAGUAUCCUGAUUGUGUCUUUGUCGAAGAUGUGGCUGUUGUGUGUGGUAAAGUUGCCCUACUUGCCCGUUUAGGUCACACAACUCGACGUGGUGAAGCAGCGAAAAUGAAGACAACUCUCCAAAAACUUGGGUUGGAGAUCGAAGAAAUGCAAGAGCCGGCUGCUUUAGAUGGCGGAGAUGUACUGUUUACUGGCAAAGAAUUUCUGGUAGGGCUGUCUACCAGAACAAAUCAAGCAGGAAUAAAUUGUUUGGCUGAAACGUUCCCUAGCUACCCCGUUACAGCUGUUCCAGUAACCGAGCAUCUUCACCUGAAAUCCAUGAUGACCAUGGCAGGCGAUGAUAUCGUUGUGGUUGGAGAAAGUGAAGAGGCCAAGAAUGCUUGGUCCGAAGUGGAGAAAAAAGCGAGGUUUCGCUACGAAAAGCUAAGUGUACCUGAAGACACUGCGGCUAACUGUGUAUUUGUCAACGGUACACUGUUACACUUGCCUGCACACGAAAUUCCAAACAGUAUUGAGGUGUUUAAUCAAAUUACAGGACCAAAGAUUGAACUGGAAAAUUCUGAACUUCAUAAAGUUGACGGCUGCCUUACUUGCUUGUCCAUCUUAAUAUGAAAGAAUCUUUGUAACUAGAAAAUACCAACUGCAUCAAAUUCACAAUUAAUCAAAACUACAACUAAAUUCUCGAACAUGAUUGGUUAUCACCAGUCGGAUUUGAGCUCUUAUAGGACAGUGUACACAUCGUGCUUGUAAUUGGUCUGUGUGAAAGGACCUAGAACCUAGAAAGGAUUGGAUAAAUUUUUGAGGUGACUGAAGCAAACACAAAAGGUCUUGUAAAUGUUUGCAAAAUUUUAUUUUCCUUUAUACAUUAUGUUUGAGAAAUGAGGGGUCCACAGUUUACAUUAAAAAAAGGCAGAAGAGAUAUUCUCUCUGAUGACCUCAUAACCAUUGACCUCAA